AUGGUACUAUGUCCCAAGUUUAAGCUAAACGGAACCUGCGACGACAAGAAUUGCAGGAAUUUUCAUCCGAAUCUCGUCUGUGACCUAUGCGGGGUUGUGACACAGACCCAAGCCUCGUUUCAAGCCCAUCUCAGAGGCAAACCACAUGCUGCGAAUAAGAGAGCUGCUCGGCGCAGCACAGAUGAGGGCCCAAGCAUAUGCACCAUAUGUAAUGUUCGUCUCCCAACUGCAAGAGGUCCCCACAUAUCGAGCGCCAAGCAUCUUCGAAAGAUGCAAGCCCUUCAGACCAACGGACAACUUCCAAACAGUGACGCCAUCAUCAUCCCGGAUCCAGACAAUAACUUCGAAUGCUUGGUUUGCGAGAUGCAAAUCUGGAGUAAUCGACAGCUGCACGAAAAGUCAGCACGCCACCAGCGCCUCGGGCGGCACCUACUCAUUCGAUCUGCCCUCGAGGAAGCAGAAAAAGAUAAGAAUGGGGUUUCAAUAACGCCCGCGGGCAAGGAUGCCUUUGACAUGGGACUUUCUCCAGACGGGAGAGGGAAGCUUGGAUUUGCCCUGUCUGUCGGAAGCCCCUCUCUUCGCAUAUAUUUGCACUCGGCCACCAUUACAAGUGUCGGCCGUGGUGGGCAGUCAUGGUUCUCUGUCAACAUCUCCACCAAGCUCUACCUCAACCCAGCUACCGUCUUGGAAGGCACUGUACUCUUUGAUAGUAAUGGGAAUCGUGGGCGUUUCCAAGACCGCCUAGAGCUCAUAUUUCAAGAUGUGACGGCUCAGAAGAAAUUUGCCAUUGUCAAAACCUUGACGACCAUCGUUGGAGAUGCGGCAGACUAUGAAUUGCUUAAGCCGAUAGCGCCCUAUGUGCCAAAAGUUCGUCGACAGCGAGAGGUCAUCAAAGAAUUAGUCGAGGGAGAACCUCCUAUCGCGAUCUCUCAUACGAAAUGGGCCGUCAAACUCCAUGAAGCUGGGUUUAUUCCGCGUAGCUUUGUCGCUCAGACGCAUUCAAGACUCUUCCAUAUUCUGCUCUACAUAGAGGAGCAUCAAUCGGCAAUUGACCUUGAACGAUAUGAUCAGGAGAAUGUCCUUUUGAAACCUCCAGGUUCAAAGGGUGGUGUUCUAUAUUCCCUGGAGGUUCCCGGACUUGCAGAAAAGCGUCCCUCUGUCAUACUUGGAGACAGGAUCCUGGUAAAGCCUCAUGCUUCGACCAAACCAAAGUGGUGGCAAGGAUAUGUUCAUCGGGUCGGCCUCACCGAGGUCGGUCUCCGGUUCAACAAAGACUUUAGCGCAUUUAAGGGCCAACGCGUUGACGUCCGCUUCUGUUUGAACCGAUCAGUCCUCCGAAGAAUGCAUCAGGCUCUGGACUCUGGCGGCCUUUGCGAGCGUCUCCUCUUCCCGACGAGUAAAAAUGUGCUUAACCCUAAGCCAUCAUCAGGGACACUCAAGGCGCUCAAUCCUAUCAAUCGAGUAGUCGGAAAUAAUCCUCCGCAGAGGCUCGCGGUUUCAGCCAUCAAAAAUCUUCGUCCAGGAAGCCCGCCGUUCGUAAUAUUUGGACCCCCAGGAACUGGCAAGACAAUCACGGUAGUCGAAGCUAUUCGCCAAAUCCUCCUUAUGGAUCGCAAUUCUCGUAUCCUCGCAUGCGCGCCAAGCAACUCAGCAGCCGACAUUAUUGCGGAGAGACUAAGGGAUAUAGGCAAAUCAGAGCUUUUCCGCCUGAACGCCUACUCGCGCCCGAUUGAACAUCUGCCAAAAUCUCUUCUUGGAUUCUCCCUCGAAGAAGGGGGUGCCUUUCGCGUACCAGAUAUCAAUGUUCUCGAGAAGUAUCGUGUCAUUGUUUCCACAUGCGCCUCAGCAUCAGUUCCAUUUGGCAUGGGUAUCAAGCCUGGACAUUUCACACACAUCUUCAUCGAUGAAGCCGGACAGGCUUGCGAACCGGAGGCCCUUGUGCCCAUCAAGAACCUUUCUGAUAGCAAAACCAACGUCGUCCUCAGUGGCGAUCCGAAGCAACUGGGCCCCAUCAUUCGCUCUGACAUAGCGGUCAAGCUCAACUUUGGGGUCAGCUUGCUGGAUCGACUCCAUGAAAUGCCAAUUUACGACGAGACCAGCCAAAACGGAGUCACCAUCGUAAAGCUAACAAGGAAUUUCCGCUCACAUGAAGCCAUACUGAAAUUCCCGAACGAGAAAUUUUAUCGUGGUGAACUAACCUGUGAGGCGGAUAAAGCGCUCACUCAUUCUUUGCUUCGUUGGGAACGGCUCCCGAAGCCAGGAUUUCCAGUUAUCUUUCACGCCUUAACUGGCAAAGAUUUACGUGAAGCACGCUCACCCUCCUUUUUCAAUAUCGAAGAAGCCUCUCAGGUCAAGAGUUACGUCCAGUCGCUCCUCGGCGAUAAAUUGGGACUAGUGAACGAGAAUAUCGGGAUAAUUGCACCAUAUCAUGCACAAUGUGGCAAGAUACGUAUGCUCAUCAACCAGUUCGCAAAGGGCAUCAAAGUCGGAAGUGUCGAAGAGUUCCAAGGUCAAGAGCGACGGGUCAUCAUCAUUUCGACUGUAAGGAGCAACUUGAACUUUGUGCAAUCAGACGUUCGACACACGCUCGGCUUCGUGGCAAACCCCCUUGCUGUCACGCGGGCUCAAGCACUCCUCAUCAUCGUUGGAGACCCCAUGGUAUUGUCCCUCGAUCCGCUUUGGCGCUCGUUCCUUAGCUAUAUUUACAAUAACGGUGGAUGGAUCGGUACCCCCAAACCCGAUUGGGAUACUAAUGCAGAGAUUAACGGUCAAGAGCUCUUGAAUCUCCGCAAAGGUCGAGCUACGGUGGAGGAGGACGAGCUAUUACAACGAAUUGCGGAGACUGUGGAACAUCGGAUGAAUAUAGAAGGUCUCGAAGAUCUAGGAGACGGCUACGAAGCUGUGGAAAGGCCAUGGCGCGAGACGGAGUGA